GCAGUAAAGAAGUUUGGGUUAAGUUAGUGUUCUCACAAAGGAAACGCUGUGGACAUGGCUUCAACAUACAUCCCACCACACAAAUCAACGCAUCUUACUAACGAGAUCUUCAGAACAGUCAAACAAAACUUUGUUUUACCAGAGGUACAACCGUACCAUCCUAAUCGAAUAUGGAAACGAAAAGACUGCGACCUAGUGGUAGAAAGACCCGAAGAUUACUGGAAGACACAUUUUAUACGAAGGCAUGAAAAUUCUGAAAAGGGAUUUUAUUCGGCAUUCAAUGAACCGUACCGAUGUAUGGGUGGAGAGGUUGUCUUGGAUACGUGUGAUUUGGUGUACGACAGUUUGACUUGUAUUGAUAAGGAAAAUGUUGCGGAAAGUCGUAAAGAGGUUGAAGUGAAACAUGAGAUAUAUACUCCUAUUAUUAAGACAGAUGCUGAUGAAAUUGUGAGUGACAAUAAACACAUACUAGAAGGAGGGCGUGGUGGGCUUCGGGCAAUUCUAGAUUCUCUAAAUGUAACGGCUGAAAGACGAUCCGCCGUACGAGGUGGUUUACCAUACGAAGAUCAUGUGAAAAUUGUUGAAGACCGUCUUGCCGAUCUUGAGAUCAAACCAGCAGAAAGCAUGAUUUUGAUGUCCACGUCUGAUCUGAUACUACAAGAAGCUUGCAAAAGAGAUGGGACUGAUGUAUGUACACCAGACAACCUGAGCGUUACAACAAUGACCAGUGAAGGAAGCCAUCGUGUCCGGAACCAGAGAAAGCUGUCGGGGAAAACCAGAUCCAGUAGAGGUUCGUCUGCAGCAUCUAGUUCCAUGAGAGAUGAUGGAUCAGAAUCUAGUUUUCUAUGCAAUACUUUUGAGGAUCGAGCUGAGAGACUGAAAAGAGAUAACGUCGAUUAUCUUAAAGACAUUGUUGAGGUGCUAGAUAUUCUUCAUAAUAUGAAAUCAAGAUUUCUUAAGAGCAAGUUUCCUCUGCCACCAUCACUCAUGAGAAGUUUAAAACGUCCCAAUGGUGCCAAUCAAAAGAGCAAAUCAUUAAAAUUUCAGAAAUAUAACACAAAGUAUAAAUCGAACGAGACUCUCCUAUCAAAUGAAUUGUCCAAUUAUAUGCUGCAUGAUAGAAGUACUGCGGGGUCACCAACCGGAUUUCCAAAGAAAAUUCUCCAUACAAACCAACUAAAUUUUGGUUUAUUCAGUGAAGGUGGAAGACGAUUCUCUCGUACACCUGUCGUGGAGGAGUUUAAGAUGGAAACUUGGGAGGAUUUAUUGUACCUCGACAACCGGGAAAAGCUGACAGGCCACCAGCAUGACGCAGCCAAGACUCUCCAUAUUACGCCUGAAAUGGCUUCCAGAACAAUACGAUGGGGAAAGUUGGCAAAGGAGACAGAUGACAAAUCAAAACCCCCGAUGUGGCAGGUCAUUCUGAAUGAAAAGACGUCUGGAGAAAGUUUUCAAGACAAAAAACCAAAGAAUACAGACGUUGCUCUGGUACCACAAAGAUCUAGAGAAGAGUGGGAAAUGGUGAAAAACAGACUGGAAAAAUGCUGCAUUUCAGAUGUGGAACAGCUCGACAGGCAAAAAAUGCAGUAUUUCAAAUUCAAAAUGUACAGUUUCGAUAAUAUGAAACCAAAUACUUUUUUUGAGAAACACUGUGCCCGCAUGAGAGAUACCUCUAGUUUGAUACCAAUACCUGUUGCAAAGACAGAUAUUAUGGAAGCACUCGAAGUUCCUCCAUCGAAAUGGUUUGAUGAGCUUCAGACUAAAAUGUUUCAUACCAUGGGAUCAGAUGAUCCUGAAAUUAACUCAACCUUGAUGAAGUUAGCCAAAUAUUCACAGAUGGGACCUAAAAGUAUUCCCCACUCUCGUGCUAAAUUGUGUUUAGUGGUCAUGUCUAUGCCCGCUUACGAUAUUUGUAAAAUAUCCAUGCAGUUAGCCUUGAAAUUUGUUUUAGACAAAAUACUCAAAGGACAGGCGGAUGAAUUCUUUUUUUGGCUUCAUUUAAGAAAAUUGCCAGUUGUUCUGGUGAAAUAAAGACACUUUGUUACUUCGGUAUAUUCAGGAUAAAAUAUUAACAAACUUUACUGUAUAAUUUCAAAACGAAAAUAUGAUAGGAAAAUUCAUAAUUUUACGCUGUACAAUUUUGUUGAAUUGUUGGAAAGCUUACUUAUUUCACUCAAAUUCAACUAUAUGCACCUUUAACUUUUAAUAGCCCUAAAUGUGGCAUACCCUUUUACGAUCUCGUUGCUUAAUUAUUAUAAGGAUAUUCGUGGCCUCGUGGGCAGAUUAGAAACAAAAGAUAUUGAGUUCAGUAUCAUGCAAGAGAUUAUUGUUUUUGCAGCUGACAGUUUCUUUUAAUUAAAGACAAAUAAAAAGAUAUAUACGAA